UCCCUUGCCAGCUGUUCCGCCUCCUCACCCAUCGCCACCCCCUCGGGCAUUAUCAUUGCGAAAACCAAGUGCAACAGCAGCCAAAAACAGCAAACGCGACGCAACCAGUGGAAGAUGGAUCAAUAAAGCGUCAGUCUGCAACCCCCGACCGCUAAUUGGAUUCCCUUGGGCGCCGAACAGGAAACGGAAAUCGAGCAGCCGACCAGCGAGGCCUGCGAAUCUCUAAUCGCUCUUCGCUUGCGAGAUACACAACAAAACAAAGAGGCAAAAGGGUGAGGAUGAAGGCAAACAAGGCGCGGGCUGUGCGACUCACCAGCUUGACGGAGGAUGUGGCCGCCGUGCCGGAAGAUGCGCCCUUCCGGGCCCGCUUGCACCUCCUGUUUGCUCAGAUCGAACGGGAGUUCGAGCAGCUCUACCUGGAGAACCAGACUUUGCAGGAGAAACUAGACAUAGCCACCGCCACCAAGGAGUCGGUGACCCAGCAGGAUCAGCGCACCGCUGCAGGAGGAUCGCUUAGCACUCAGGCUUCCUCCGUCGCCUUGGCCACGCCCGCCACUCAGGCGGAUGAAGUGGGCGGCAGCUUCCUGGCCGCUGCAUCCAGCACGCACAAGAGCCUGAAGGCCAAAUUGAGCAGCGCCACCGGCGGCAGCAAGGCCAAGGCCAGCAACAAGAUCAAGGCACAGACCAGCCGCAUCGUGUCCAGCUUCAAGGCACCCACAGUGGUCAGCACGGUGGUGCGCGAAUUCGGCGGCCACAAGGACGGCAUUUGGCAGGUGGCCGCAAAGGCGGGACAGCCCAUCAUUGGCACCGCCUCCGCCGAUCACACGGCCUGCAUCUGGGGAGUGGAGAGCGCCAGGUGCCUGCUGCAAUACCAAGGACACGCCGGCUCCGUUAACUCCAUCAAGUUCCACCAGCAGCGUGAUCUCGUGCUUACCGGCAGCGGCGAUGGAACUGCCCACAUCUGGCAGGCAGCUGUCAACUGGGAGGUGACCAAGAAGGGCCAUUCGUCAGAGGAGGAACUGGAUGACAGUGAUGAACAAGUGGAGGAUCGCGAUCGCGUCGAUACAUUGCGCACUCCGCUCUGCGAGUUUUCAGGCCCUGGAGGCCAUCUCUCAGUGGUGGUGGCCGCCGACUGGCUCUCUUCGAUGGAUCAGAUCAUCACGGGUAGCUGGGAUCGGACUGCCAUACUGUGGGAUGUAGAGACGGGACAGCCACUACAACCGCUCACAGGCCAUGACCACGAGCUGACCCACGUGUCGGCACAUCCCACCCAGCGUCUGGUGGUCACCGCCUCCAGGGACACCACGUUCCGGCUGUGGGACUUUCGAGAAGCCAUUCCGGCGGUCUCGGUCUUCCAGGGACACACGGAAACGGUUACGUCCAGUGUGUUUGCACGGGAUGAUAAGGUGGUGUCCGGAUCGGAUGAUCGCACAAUCAAGGUGUGGGAGUUGCGCAACAUGCGAUCCGCUUUGGCCACCAUACGCACAGAUUCCUCGGUCAAUAGACUGGCGGUGUCCAGUGGAGGGAUUAUCGCCAUACCGCAUGACAAUCGACAGAUCCGGCUGUUCGAUUUGAAUGGGCAACGUGUGGCCCGUUUGCCUCGAACCAGUCGACAGGGCCACCGGCGUAUGGUCUCAUCUGUAGCCUGGGCGGAGGAGCCGCUGCUCGACUGCGACCUCUUCUCGUGCGGCUUUGAUCGACGCGUUUUCGGCUGGUCCAUUGUCCUGCCGAAAGACAAUUGAAGGCGGCUGAAACGGAGAGCUGCUCCAAAGGAAUGAGGAGGUGCAGCCCUGCGAAAUCCAAAACAUCUCUCGAACAAACGCAUCACACGGCGAUGCUCAUGCUUAUAUGUAACCGUUUUUCAUAGAUCAAGUAUUAUGCAGACAUUGUUCACGAUGUUCUACUAUCUAGGUGUCGCCCUCUGAGUGUAAUUAUCGUUGCUUUUUGCCAAAUAGUCGUGGCAUAUCGUGCUGCACGAACUACAUAUUAUCAUUGUUAUAGCAUAUACAUGCGUAUGCAUUGGGGUUGGGAUGAAGGGCUCGGAGUGCAGAGCUUCCGAAUCCUGUUCCCAUUUUAUCUGUGUUUACUACCAUAAUACAUAUUAUAGAUGUCUAAGGCACUAACGUUUUAGCAAACAUGAAUAAACAUAAUCAAGCACCCGAUACAUUGCUGGGUGUAUCCUA